AACGGGUUGCAUUUUGUUGUUAACUGACGAUGCGUAAAAUCUCUGAGCUUGAAUGAAGUUUUCAUCUUGUAAAAACUUCGAAAGUUGAAAAUCGCGUAAAGUAGAAUGAUAUUAAUUUUUUAAAUUCAAAAAUACUUUAUGUUAAAGAAAACUAGAAUGAAUAUUAAACAUAUAAGUAGUGUUUCAUGCAUCUAUGGGUUUAUGGUAAACAUACUUUUGCUUUAUUCAUUUUCCGUUUCAUCUGGAUUUAAGCUGACCGUAUUACAUACCAAUGACAUACAUUCGAGAUUUGAACAAUUCAAUAAAUACGGCGCUGAAUGCAGUGUAAAUGAUGCACGCGAGGGGAACUGUUUUGGAGGCGUUGCUAGAAGACAUACGAAAAUUCAGGAAAUUCGAGAUAGCCAUGAAAACGUGCUACUUCUGGACGCUGGUGACCAGUUUUUGGGAACAAUAUGGUCUAAGGUUCACCGCGGCCGGGCUACAGCCUUUUUCUUGAACCAGCUAGGAUAUACUGCAAUGUGUCUCGGAAACCAUGAGUUCGACUUCAGCGUUGAAGAUCUAGAAAGGUUUAUGUAUAACGUUACUUUUCCUGUUGUAAGUGCUAACACUGACGUCACUAGGGAAGACUGUCUCCGAGGGAAAUUUUCAAAAUCAUUUUACAAGGUUGUUGGUGGAGAAAAGAUCGGCAUUGUGGGCUAUAUUACACCGGAAACUGCAUUCAUAUCAACACCAGGACCGCGUGUAAGAUUCAGCGACAUACUUACAGCUGUACGGGAGGAAGUGUCAGAACUUACAAAACAAGGGUGCAAGAUAAUCAUUGCCCUGGGACAUGCAGGGUUCAGCACCGAUAAAGAAGUGGCAGCCAUUGACGGAAUAGAUCUGGUUGUAGGUGGACAUACCAAUACUUUCCUUUACAAUGGUUACCAGCCAUCAGAUGAGAAGAUAGAAGGAGUUUAUCCAACAGUUGUCGAGCAGGUCAGAGGUAACAGAGCACUAGUGGUUCAAGCUUAUAAAAUGGGGAAAUAUCUGGGUUACCUAAAACUUACUUUCAAUUCGAGCGGCGUUGUGACAGAUUACUCUGGAAACCCGAUUCUUUUAGGAUCAAAUGUUCUAGAAAAUACAACGAUCCUUUCUUAUAUGGACGAAUGGAAGAAACCUGUGACGGCAUUGAGUGAGGAGGCUAUUGGAUUCUCUAAUGUAUUUUUGGACGGCGAAGAAGAUCACUGUCGUCUACAAGAGUGUAAUGUGGGUAAUUUGAUAACAGAUGCAAUAAUUGACUACCAUCUUAACUUCUCCCGUUCGGCAACCCAGUGGGCUCCUGCCGCUAUAGCAGUGUGGAAUGGUGGCGGUAUUAGAGCAUCUAUUGACAAAGGAGCAAUAUCAGCAGGGGAGAUAAUUUCGCUAAUGCCGUUUGGAAAUACGCUAGAUAUUGUGACAGUAAAAGGCAAGAAUAUCCGAGAUCAGCUCGAAAAAUCCGUGCAAGAAUGGAACGAGAAUGAACCUCAUGGUCGUUUUCUUCAGAUGUCAGGUUUGCAUGUGGUAUAUAAUUUACAGAAACCGCCUGGCCGACGUGUUGUGUCAGUGGAAGCGGCGUGUCUAGAGUGCGAAGUACCGAGUUACUCCCCUUUGAUAGACACAGACGAUUACAAAAUAUUCUUGUCGUCUUUCUUGAUAAAUGGCGGUGACGGUUACAACUUCGAACUUUUAAAACGUCUACGUUUUAAUACAUUAGAUUUUACAACAGUGAUGGAAUAUUUCAAAAGGCACAGUCCCGUGGCACCAGCGAUUGAGGGGAGGAUCCAGUUUGUUACCGAUGCUAUCUCAGUUGCAACAUCCUUGUCUGUUCUAACCCCUCUGGUGUUCAUAAACCUGUUCAUAUCAUUGAUUCUAGUUUAUCCAGGCAGGUUAAUUCAGUUUAUCGACGUCCCGUUCCGUUAGCUCAUUGGGAAUAAUAAUAUGUGAAACGUUCGAUCAUCAUACAUGUAUAUAUGAUGUAGCAAUCGUUAUACUUAUUACAUAUCCUGCCUUCCAAAUGUAUCGACGAACAGAGCGAAAAUUAUUCUACCAGCCUUGCAAAGCCCGAACUCGCAUUGCAUGUGUAGAGAGGAAGUUGAAUGUCAAGUGUCUUAGACCGUCGUAACAUACACGGCUGAAUUUGAAAAUAAAAUGACCGGCCAGUUUUAUAACAUUCCGCUCUCAUUUACAUUGUUCUUUCCUGUCGCCCGAUUCGCUCGGUAGAGCAAGACUGGAUCAAAAGGCCAAAAGUUCGAUUCGCGGGCGAAGCGAUUGUUCUUUGUAAAUGUUAGACAAAAGACUGUAUAAUGAUUUAUGUGUCUGAAGCGUUUUAUUUCAUGACUCAUGUGUUUUAAUGAAAUGUAACGACGAAUGUAGAAUAUAUAAUCGACCUGAAAGAGAAAGAAAACGCAAGGAUUUCCGAUUUACAUGUAUUUGCAUUCCAUAUUCUUCUGAGGUCAAGUGUAAAUUCCGUCAAGCGAACAUAUCAAUUGUUUGAAACAGUGAAGUCUACAAAUAUAAUUCAUCAUCGUAUUUCAUUAAAGUACUCCAUGAUUUGUUUCAAUAAUUUCUCCAAAGAUGUCAUGUCCAGUUUUUACUAACAUUGUUGUAAGUAAAAUUUAAUGCAUGUAUAGUUUUUACCGCAUCUUUAAAAAAGACCUUUUGAUUUAUGAUUACCUGAGCGACAUGAUAUUGUUAUGUUGCAUACUAAGAUAAUAUAACAAGAGCUGUUGGAGGACAGCAACGCUCGACUAUCCAACAGCCUUGUCAAUUGAACCAAUAUAAAAGUUGAAAAGGGGGCACAGAUUUGUAAAAAGGUAAUACAGAGUUACGGAACCUGUAGAAUGUAUGUCAGCUCAUCACAGUGAACAAGUGUGUGAAGUUUCAAUCCAUUCCCAGUAGUGGGUACUGAGCUACCACCUAAACCAACAUUGAUAUUAUAAGUCGAGAAAGGGGCAUAAGUUUGUAAAAAUGCAAUGGACAUUUAUGAACCAUGUGCAGUGAAUUUCAGAUCAUGACAGUGAACAAGUGUGUGAAGUUUCAAUCCAUUCCCGUUAGUGGAUACUGAGAUAUCAGCUUACAUACAAAAACUUAACCAAAAACUGCUGACACAAUUUUGUGAAAAGAGCUGUCCGUAAGACAGCGCGCUCGACUAUUCGGCGAUUUGACAGUAAAAUGAAUUGAUGUCUCAAUAAGAGACCUCUACUUUAAAAGGAAGAUACAUCAAGUCAUUAUCUUAUAUUGUACUAAAGUUAUAUCCAUAAAGCGAAGAUUGCCAAAAAACUUUAAUUAUGAAAGGUGCAUAAUUCUGUCAAAAAUACAAUUAGAGUUAUGGGGAUUGUAACCACACAUGCAGAUGAAGAUUAUAGAUAAAUAUUUUUAAUUUCAAGUCAUUAUCUUUUAAAGUACCAAAGAUAUGACUAUAAACGAAGCUAUUGAAAAAAUUUAACAUGAAAAUAAUUCCAAGUAUAACAACUUGGUGGCCUUGACCUAGGGUAUAAUGGGCCCAGCCCCUGCACAUAAUUUGUCUGUAUGGUGGACAAUGUUUAUGUGAACUUACAGUAAGAUAUAAGCAAUAGUAACAAAGAUAUGACAGAAAAACAAAGGUUGCCGAAAAACUUCAACCUUAAAAAUAAGCAAAGUAUAACACUUGGUGACCUUGACCUUGGGUAUAAUGAACCCAGCUCCUGCACAUACUUUGUUUGUAUGCUGGACAAUGUUUAUAUGAACUUACAGUACGAUAUAAACAAUAGUAACAAAGAUAUGACAGAAAAACAAAGGUUGCCGAAAAACACUAACCUUAAAAUAACCUAAGUAUAACACAUUGGUGACCUUGACCUUAUGUAUAAUGGGCCCAGUCCCUGUACAUACUUUGUUUGUAUGCUGGACAAUGUUUAUGUGAAGUUACUGUAAGAUAUAAGCAAUAGUCACAAAGAUAUGACAGAAAAACCUUAAAAAUAAACUAAGUAUAACACCUUGGUGACCUUGACUUUAUGUAUAAUGGGCCCAGCCCCUGCACAUACUUCGUUUGCAUGCUGAACAAUGUUAAUGUGAAGUUACAGUAAGAUAUAAGCAAUAGUAACAAAGAAAAACAAAGGUUGCCGAAAAAUGUAACCAAGAAAGCUCACGCCGACACUGACCGCGCUGACGCCGACGCCGGAGCGAGUAGAAUAGCACCCCUAUUCUCCGAAUAGUGGAGCUAAAAAUGCAAAGUAGAGUUAAGGAAUCUGUGCAGUGUAAAUCAGUUUAUCACAGUGAAUAAGUGAGUGAAAUUUUAAUCCAUUUCCACAACUUGUUCCUGAAAUACCAGCUUAUAUACGAUAACUUAACCAAAUCUGGACGCGUACGCACAGGUGAGUCCAAUAGCUCUACCUAUUCUUCCAAUAGUCGAGCUAAAAUGCUUUUUUCUCAAUUUUCUGUAACUCUGCCAAAUUCUAAAAUCGACUGAAAUACCCCAAUCUACCCAUUGGCACCAGACCAGAAAGAAAAUGUCAUUGUAUAUGUUAUACCCUACGCCUCGGAAUACUAUGUGACCCAUGGCACCCUGGAGAAAGUUACAGAAAACUGAGAAAAGCCUGUGUCAUUUACCUUCUAAUCUGGUGCCAGUGAGCCCAAACACUUCAUGACCCUCUCACUCCCAGACACCCAGGACGAUAUGGGUGAAUUUUUGUACGUAUUUCCAUUGUAAAAUUGCCUGCAUUUUAUUUGUGCUCAUUUAAAUUAUGUAUGAACUGACCAAAUAAUAAA